AUGGUUAUGGUAGAUCCUCGUUUGAACCCAGUCUCCAGUAUGCAGUUUGAAGCAGAGAUUCUGAUAUUGCAUCAUCCUACCACGAUAAAGCCUAAUUACCAAGCUAUGCUGCACAUUGGGUCCAUAAGGCAAACUGCUACACUCGUUAGCAUGACAAAGGAGGUUCUGCGCACUGGUGAUCGUGACCGAGUAAUGUUUAGAUUCAUUCGUCUACCCGAAUACAUACGGCCAGGUACCCGUAUGGUUUUCCGUGAAGGCCGCACGAAAGCCGUCGGUACAGUGGUGAAUGUGAUUCCACAAGCAACGUUAGCACAGCAACGGUCGAAGUUCAAAGACAAAACUAACAGAACAUUUGUUAAGCGAGGAGGACCCAAGCCACCAAAUGGGAAGCCGAAAGUGGAUCCGACAAAGGAACACGCAUGA